AUGCGUUGUGUUGCACACAUUGUCAACUUGGUUGUUUCUGAUGGGUUGAAAACUGUUAAUGAGUCUAUUCAACGUGUAAGGCAUGCUGUUAGGUUUAUAAAACAAUCUCCUGCUAGUUUGCAAAGGUUUAAAAAAUGUGUUGUAGAUGAAAAAAUCAACACUAAAAAGGGAUUGUGCCUCGAUGUGCCCACUAGGUGGAACUCCACCUAUUUGAUGUUAUCUGCUGCUAUUGAACUUGAGGAUGCUUUUGAGAGGUAUUAUGAGGAAGACCCUCACUAUUUACUUGAUUUGAGUGAGAGGGAUGGUAAGGGCAGCCCUGAUGCUGAUGACUGGAACAAUGUGAGAAGAUUUUCUGAAUUUCUGCAAGCUUUUUAUGAUUUGACCAUGCAUAUCUCUGGCUCUUUAUAUGUCACUUCAAAUCUGUUUUUUCAUGAAUUGGUGAGUGUUAGUAUACUUUUGAAUGAUUUGGUGUCAAGUGAUGAUCCGGAUAUGUGUCUUAUGGCUUGUAGAAUGAAAGAUAAAUAUGAAAAGUAUUGGGGUGAUCAAGAAAAAAUAAACCUCUUGAUUUUUAUUGCCGUUGUCCUUGAUCCUCGUUAUAAACUUGAUUAUGUUGAGUGGAUGAUAAAUGAAAUCUAUAAUUCUAUUGUUGCAUCAAAGUUGGUUAAAAAUGUGAAAGAAGCUAUGAAUGCUUUAUAUGAGGAUUAUUGUGUUUCUUCAUAUGGUGAUGGGAAUAAGGUGGAAACGGCUUCAAGUAGUGAUGAUAAAAUUCCAAUGUCUCCCAAACAUAAGAAGAUAGAGGUAUUGAAGAAUAAGUAUAAGAAACACAAAUGUGAGAGAGAUGGAGAUACAAAAAUAGAAUUAGACAAAUAUUUGGAGGAGGAUACGGCUGAAGAUGUGGAUGAUUUUGACAUUUUGAGCUGGUGGAAGUUCAAUAGUUCAAGGUUUCCUACUGUUGCUAAAAUUGCACGAGAUGUUCUUGCUGUCCCUGUGUCGACAGUAGCUUCCGAGAGUGCUUUGAGCACUGGAGGCAGAGUUCUAGAUCAGUUUAGGAGUUCAUUAACUCCUCGAGUUGUGGAAGGUUUGGUAUGUGCUCAAAAUUGGUUACGUGCUGCACCAUUCCCAAGUAUUGAAGAGUGUUUAGAGGAAGUUGAGCAUCUUGAAGAAGAAAUGAAGAAUAUGGCAAUUGGUGAUGCUAAAAUUGAUGAAGUGGUCGAAAUACUUGAGUGA